UCGGAAGCAAGAAAAAUAUCUCCCGCUCCGCUCCCACACAGGUCUUUCUCCACUCAAAUUCUCUCUAAUAUUUCUUAUUUUUCCCGCUGUCUUUCUUGGCGACCAAACGCGAAUCAGAACUCAGAGUUUUCUUCGUGUUAUCAUGAGUUUGCUUGUAAACCACUGUAUCAGCUGUUGUAUAAGUAGCCACAGGACCAAUCAUGGGAGAGAUAAGGUCCUGAUCAAAAUGAGUAACAAAUCUUCCACGAAUAAGAAUCUUCGUGAUGAUAUCGUGUCUUUAUCGAAGAAUGAUAGCUUUCGAAUAAAGACAAUAGCAAGUUCCAUUGCAGCUGCAAAUUUGGUUGCAAUAGAUGCGGCAAAGGCUGUAAUGACGGAUAAAUUGUUGGAAGAAGCUGCAUCUAUCUAUACUAUGGCUGAUGGAAGCAUCGGUGAUUGGUUUGGAGGCUUCUUAUAUUCAGCUGGAGAACAGGCUAAUGAAGCUGUGCAGGACCAGUUAUCAGCCCUUAGUUUCACCAGUUUGGCAGUUAUUUUUGGGGCAGGGCUUGUGACUAGCCUUUCACCAUGUACACUGAGUGUUCUACCGUUGACCCUUGGUUACAUUGGAGCAUUUGGCUCUGGGAAAAGUAGGGCAGAGGUCAUAUCAGAUUCUAUUGCAUUUGCUUUAGGAUUGGCUACAACACUAGCUCUUCUUGGCGUAGCAGCCUCAUUUGCUGGAAAGGCAUAUGGACAGAUAGGACAAGGAUUACCUUUGGCUGCUUCUGGGUUGGCCGUAAUUAUGGGUCUAAAUCUCCUGGAGAUAGUUGAAUUACAACUCCCUUCCUUUUUUAACAAUUUUGACCCCCGUGCUGCUGCUGCUAAUUUUCCAUCAAGUGUGCAAGCAUAUUUAGCUGGGCUUACUUUUGCAUUAGCUGCCUCUCCUUGCAGUACACCUGUGCUUGCCACUUUGCUGGGAUAUGUAGCUGCAUCUAGGGAUCCAGUGGUAGGGGGCAGCUUACUUUUGACGUACACUACUGGCUAUGUUGCUCCUCUGCUUCUUGCUGCUUCUUUUGCUGGAGCAUUGCAGAGCCUGCUGUCAUUCCGCAAGUUCUCAGCAUGGAUCAAUCCAUUAAGUGGUGCACUUCUCCUAGGAGGAGGUGUAUAUACUUUCUUGGAUAGGCUCUUCCCUGCCACAAUGGCUAUGUAAAUGAUCCCACCUGGUGUGUUCUUUAGGAUUCACUUCACGAUUCACAUAUAAAAAAGAUCAAUGUACAUAAAGCAGUAUAAGAUCACUGUUAGAAGUCUUCCCUACUCUACACAAGCUAGGUUUUACAUAGACCUGUCAUUUUAUAACCGAAUAAAUUUUAUUGAUUUCUCAGUGUAGUAUUUCUGCAA